AUGUUAAAACGACCAUCAGAUUCACUGAUCAGUGAUGAAGCUCUAUCAGUUAUAGGUUCAGAAAAAAGUAAUGAAGAUAUCAACGUUAAACGUACCAAACCGAAAGUGGCUGAUCUUUUGCGCAGCUUUUUUAAAGAACUAUCAGACUCACUGAACACUGAUCAUACUCCAUCAGGUACAAGUCCAGUGCUCUUUCCCCCUUUAGAACACCUCUCUAGUGACGACUUAUUUAGAUAUCCAUGGUACGAACUUAUAUUACGUAAAAACAAUUUAAUCGGUAAGUACUUGCAUUGA